CGCCUUGUCAACGGUACCACCCCCGCCAGCGGGCGGGUGGAGGUGCUGGUGAGCGGCGAGUGGCGGCCGGUGUGCGGCUACACCUUUGGCCCGCGCGCCGCCGCCAUCGUGUGCCGCCAGCUGGGCUUUGUGGGGGGCAGCAUCAUCUCCACCAGCGACGCCUACAGCAUGCCCAAUGUCAACGUGGUGUGGGAGAGCCUGAACUGCACGGGGGAGGAGGCCUCUAUCCUGGACUGCACCUUUCCCACCGGCUACCGAUCCUGGAGCGGCGGCCUGUACAGCGGCGGCCCCCGCAAGGAGCUGGGGGUGGAGUGCUUCCCCGAUGGCGCCGUGCGCCUGCUCAACGGCUCAGUGCCCAACGAGGGCCGCCUGGAGCUGCUGCACGCAGGCCAGUGGUGGCCUGUGUGCCGUGACUCGUUCCAGGGCAGGGCAGCGUGGGCGGCGUGCCGCUCCCUGGGCUACGCCCGCGGCCUGGCAGAGGGCCCUUACUCCAACUCCUAUUUCCGCGCCAUGGGCACCGCCACCUGGGACGGCUUGUCCUGCUUGGGGGGCGAGUCCUCCCUCUUUGAUUGCUAUUCCGGCCCUGGGCCCUUUGGCAGCGGCACAGACCAAGAGCUGGGCGUGGCCUGCUUCAACGAAACAGGCGAGGCUGUGGGCAGCACAGGCCCCCUUGCCAGCGGCCGCGUGGAGGUGCUGCGGUACGGCCAGUGGCGCCCCGUGUGCAGCUCGGGCUUUGGCCCUCGGGCGGCCGCGGUUGCGUGCCGCCAGGCCGGCUGGCUGGGCGGCACCGCCGCGGUUGCGCCGCCAGUGCCCUUUGACACCCAGGACGGCACCUCCAAUACCGUCUUCCUCUUUGGAGACAACUCGUGCAGCCCCGACAGCGGCUCGCUGCUGGAGUGCGGCUUCGAGUACACCACAUGCAGUGGCGAAGCCGCCGCAGUCACCUGCACGGACUCGCCAGGUGCGCGGCAGUGCCUGGCUGUGGGGUUCCACACUUCAAAAUGCGGAAUUCCUGCAGCUGCAGAUAGCUGGCAGGCAAAAGGUAAAAAAGGUAAAGGUGGGGAAGAGCCUCCACAAGCUUAA